AUGAAUACUGACGAAGGAAGUAGAUCGCCUAUGGCGACAACAACAGAUCUAUCAUCUGAUGUUAAUCGUGCCAAUAUCGAAGAAUUACAAACGAGUUUUCUUGGUAAAACAUCUGAAUAUAUCAAUGCUCGUUUAAAUACUGUACUCGAUGAUCCGGUACUACUUCGUGUAGCGAUUAGGUUUUUAAAUUAUGCUUAUUAUUUGAUAAAAACGAAAAUCUUCUCAUGUGUUUUAAGACGAUGCCGUCUUGAUUGUGCAGAAGCUGAACGUCGUAUCAAUAAAUUAAAAGAAGAUAAUAAAGAAUAUGUAUCUAAAAGUGAAUAUCUUUCUCUUCAACAAACACACGACGAACUUGUUAAGUCAUCGGAACAAUUAAAGCAAAAUUUUCGUAAUGCCAAAGUUGAAUAUAAUGGAUUGAAAGAAGCACUUGAAUAUUUAAUUAAAGAUCGAGAUAAAUAUUUUACAUUGUGCGAAACUUAUCGUGCUACUCUAACUCCUAGACCGAACUGGGAACGAUGUGCGCCGAUCAUAGAAGGUGGAUUAGAACAUUGGAAGGAACUAUCCAUUGGCAAAACAAGUAAUCAACUCGUAGAUAUUUUACUCAAUGAAAUUAUUGGUGGCAAUGAUAUUUAUAAUAAUGUUGUAAAUUUUAUUGGUCUUGGCAUUGAUCCAACGGUACCGAAAUUUCUUCAAACUACAUCGAAUAUUCGUAAUCGACAUUUUAUGCAACGAGAUGUUUCUCUUUUAAUUGAAGAUAUAUGGAAACAAAAAAUUGAACAUGAUUUAGAGCAACAGAAUACGCUCGAUGCUAAACCAAAUUUUAAAAUAUCUCUUGUUGAUUUUGUGCAUAUUUAUUUCAAACGACGUUUUCCUGACGAAGAACUUCUACAAUUGGAAUGGGGAUACAAUCUCGUAACGGGAUGUCGACGAUUUAAAACAUCUUCUGAUAUUGGCAUUUUUUGGAGUGUUCUUCUGGGACAAGCAGACGAAGAGAUUUAUCAUAAAAAACAUCUUUUUUCCGACAAUACACAACAAGAUUCUUAA